AUCAAAUUAUAUGUGAGGUUCGUAUUUUACUAGCUUUACAUUAAAUGGGUGGGUGUUGACGUCAGAAUUUUUCUCGUACUUCAAUGUGAAGUUCUAUAUUUAGACACGGGUAUAAAUAGAAUUAUCAACCACUGUUCAUCACAAAUGUGAGGGGACGUCUUUGUGGACACUUCUAAAGAAGACAAGAUGAGUAAUAGUGUUUCUAAUUGUGUAUAGAAAAUAAGUAAUAUCGUCUGGAACACAGACCGCUGUAGUCGUUUAUCCCACAUUUUGGGUUGAUCUCAACCCCCUCCCUCUGACUCAAUGAUGUCUGGGGAGACGAAAACUGUGAUCAAGGGAAACUCCUCCAAGUAUGUGAAGCUGAAUGUUGGAGGGACCCUCCACUACACCACCAUUGGGACACUCACCAAACAGGACACCAUGCUCAGGGCCAUGUUUAGUGGAAGGAUGGAAGUGCUCACAGAUUCAGAAGGAUGGAUUCUUAUAGAUCGCAGUGGUAAAUACUUUGGACAGGUGCUGAAUUUUUUACGAGAUGGUACUAUUCCAUUGCCCGAGACACGACGAGAACUAAUGGAGCUGCUGGCAGAAGCAAAGUAUUACUUAGUGCAAGAUCUGGUGGUGUUAGUGGAGGCUGCAGUGAAGAACAUGGAUCACACCGUAGAACUUGUGUGUAAAGUCCCACUCAUCACCUCGCACAAGGAGGAACAGCUACUGCUCACCACCUCCACAAAGCCUGUCGUGAAGUUGAUUUGUAACAGACAUAAUAACAAGUAUUCAUACACAAGCAACUCUGAUGAUAAUUUAUUGAAGAAUUUGGAACUGUUUGAUAAACUGUCCUUACGUUUCAAUCGACGAGUGUUAUUUGUGAAGGAUGUGAUUGGGAGUAAUGAGAUUUGCUGCUGGUCAUUUUAUGGCCACGGAUCCAAAAUAGCAGAGGUGUGCUGUACAUCUAUAGUAUACGGCACAGACAAGAAACACACAAAAGUAGAGUUUCCUGAAGCCCGGAUUUUUGAAGAGACUCUGAAUGUGUUGUUGUAUGAGAACCGCGAGUCCCGCCCAGAUGAAGGCCUCAUGCAGGCCACCAGGGGUUACGCCGAUGUACACCACAGUUAUCAUAGUGAUGAGGAAGUCGAGGAAAAACUGGAUCGCAAAGACAGAAUGAGACGGAAAUAAUUAUUCAUUAUAUAUAAUUAUGGAAUGCUAUGUUAGAUUGUUAGUGUAUGGAUAUGAUAAUUGUGAUAAAGUGUGCUGCGAGCUUCAGUAGAUUUCAGGCCUGUCUCCCCUCCUACAGCAUAAACUCCUCUAUAUCAGUAAAGAAAACAUCCUUGUAUGCUUUUGGGUUAGUUUAUUCAGAUUAGCAGGGCUUCAAAAAAUGUUGAACUUGUUACAAAAACUCUUAAAAAUCUUUAUCAGAACUUUCAGUUGACCCUUGACAUUUUACAACUUUUGAAAAUCAAUGUCAUUUGCCCUUCAGUUUCCCUGAUUUGAAAGAUCAAAUCAUUUCAAAUAGCCAUAUCAUUCUGAAACCUAGGGGAGUAUUUAUUUUAGAGUGUCCGAAACCUUACUUUCGAGGGUCUACUGAAAGCCUAGCCCUAUGUUUUCCUGAAGGACUGUGAAAGGCUGUGUGACUUCAUUUGUAUAUCUAAUAUAGUAAUAUUGUGUCACUAAUAUGAUCAGAACAUUAAAGAGAAGGACCUCACAGAUAAGAAACUCACUUGAAGCUGAAACCUGAUGACUGGUUGAUGGAUAACCAGUGUUUUCUACUGAACAAAGAAUUGUGUAGAUGUGCAUCCCCUCACUGAUGUAGUGGAGACUGAUGAAAUGAGGUUCGUUGUUUGGGAGUCGGGACUGAAGUGUCUGUGAUUUUAGGGUAGUGGAGGAGACACGGUGUUUGGGAGUCGAGACUGAAGUGUCUGUGAUUUUAGGGUAGUGGAGGAGACACUGUGUUUGGGAGUCGAGACUGAAGUGUCUGUGAUUUUAGGGUAGUGGAGGAGACACAGUGUUUGGGAGUCGAGACUGAAGUGUCUGUGAUUUUAGGGUAGUGGAGGAGACACAGUGUUUGGGAGUCGAGACUGAAGUGUCUGUGAUUUUAGGGUAGUGGAGGAGACAGUGUGUUACAGUACAGCAUCCUAUAGUGUAGCGUGUCCGAAAUAUGAUGUGUUGUUUCCCUGAACUGUUUCUAUGCUUUUAUGCACAGAUUUAGGCUUAUAAAUCAUGUUAAACUAAGAAAUAAUUGUUCAGUGUUUUGUGAAAUAUAUCUUAUAUCUUAAAUUAGUAUUAAUUGUUCAACUGAAAUGAAGGGAAUUGGAUCAAGAAAGAGGGGGCUGGCUUUCAUAAUGUCAUGUUGAGCUCUUGAGGUUUCCUUCAUAAAUGUAUAGUCCUUUACUAAAUUAUUCAUAGCAACUCACAAACUUUCUGAUAGACCUGUUAAGGAAAGUUUUAUUUUACGGUUUAAGUUUUGUUACAUACCAGGUAUUAUUUCAUAAUUUGUAUCCUUCUGAAUCAAUGAAUGUGAUAUUGUAUAUUUGUCUAGAAGAAAACAUUAAAAUGAUAUGACAUUAA